GUGAGAUUAAUAAUUAUUCAACUCAAGUGGUACUUGUUCCUAUAGACUAGAGGGAAAAAUUAAAAACUCGUGGCAUUUGAAUUUUAAAAUCGGCUUCGAACGAAUCACAAUGUCCAUAAACCGAAAUUUCCCUGCAUUGAAAAAUGAAAGACUUUUAAAAGCUGCUAGAGGAGAAAAACCUGAUAAGCUCCCCAUUUGGAUCAUGAGACAGGCAGGAAGAUAUUUGCCAGAAUUUCAGGAAUACAGAAAGCAGCAUAGUUUCUUUGAAAUUUGUCAAAAUCCUGAAUAUGCCUGCGAAGUUACCCUUAUGCCCCUUCGUAGAUUUGAUUUGGAUGCUGCUAUAAUAUUCAGUGAUAUUCUUGUUAUUCCUCAGGCUCUCGGGAUGGAAGUAGAAAUGCGACCCGGAGUGGGCCCAGUUCUACCAGAACCCUUAACUCUACAACAUGUUGAAAAGUUAAAAGCUGAAGGGGCAGUGAAAAAAUUAGAAUAUGUAGGACACGCCAUCAAUUUAACAAGACAUAAAUUGGAGGGUAAAGUUCCAUUAAUUGGAUUUACUGGCGCCCCGUGGACACUAAUGGCAUACAUGAUCGAAGGUGGUGGUUCGAAAACCUACUCAAAGGCCAAAAAGUGGCUUUAUGCAUCUAAAGAAGAGUCACAUAAACUAUUAGGCCUUUUAACAGACGUCAUUGUAGACUAUUUAGUCAUGCAAAUAGAAUAUGGGGCACAGAUAGUACAAGUAUUUGAUAGUAAUGCAGAAUAUUUAAACAAAUAUCUUUAUUCUGAAUUUUGCCUGCCUUACUUAAAAAGAAUUUCAAGCGAAGUUAGAGAGAAGUUAAAAGCCAAGAGUUUGGAAGAAGUUCCUAUGAUACUAUUUGCAAAGGGUGGAUGGUACUGUCUUGAAGAACAAGCUGACUUAGGCUACGAAGUCCUGGGUGUGGAUUGGACUAUUGAGCCAAGCUAUGUUAAAAAAAUUCUUAACAAUAAGAACAUAACAAUUCAAGGCAAUUUGGAUCCUACGGCAUUGUAUGCUUCGAACUCUGAUUUAAAAAUGUUUGUUGAAAAAAUGUUAGAGGAAUUUGAGGGCCAAAGGUAUAUUGUGAACUUAGGACAUGGUAUUUAUCCAGAUGCUCCCAUAGACUCUGUUAAAACUUUUGUAGAUGCAGUUCAUAACUUUAAGGCUUAAGAAUUAUGCUUGUUGGUUUUUUAUUCAAUUUCGUACAAAACUAUAAAUAUAUUUGAAUUGGUUUUUAA